CGAAGAGUCUGGCGGCCUCUUUAUCAAGGUCGUACAUCUUAGCGCACAUCCCCUCUUUAAUCCGUACUCGUUCUGUCAAGCUUGUCUCUACUCCCUCCACAUCUCUACUGAGUCCAUCGUCCCCCGCAAAGGCCCUUUCUUCCAGACGAUCCCCGACCUAUUUCAUUUCGCGCUCAGUCCCUGUACACCGUCACGAACGUCAUACCAAGCAUCUGCUAUCCUUAAGGCGCCUUCUUAUAAUGUCCAGUCAAGAUUAUGGUCAAUGGAUCAAAAGUGAGAGCGACCGUAGCUCCGAUGAGGGAAGACCGUCAUCUACGUUGUCUUCAUCGAGUUUGAGGGCGGCCAUGGGUGAAAUCCACGUAUCCGGCCAUUCCCAAUAUUCCCCUCCCUCUUCGUACGACGAUGCUUCAUCCCGCCAGUCUUAUCAUCGAACCCGUCAGAGCAGCUCCGUCUCUGGUGGUAUGUGGCCUACAGGCGCAGUCGGACCAUCUCACGGCGUUCCCACGUUUCCUGCUGGCACUCAACCUGUCAACCCUACCUCCUUUCCUUCCAGCUCUACAUCCACAUCCAUGCCAAUGGGUAGUACAGGUGGCAGUCAAUUCGUCUAUCCUGAAUAUGGAGAUCCCAGCAUGGCGCAAAAUUCUCCGAUGGUGUCUUCUGCAGGCUACCAACAGCCGAGACCUCAAUCAUCCAUGGCAGGCCACGCGUCCCAAGCUUUCUCUAGCUCUGGACGGUCCGCCCCCGGGUAUCGCACGCCUCGUGGCGUCGAUGAUGAGCUCCAUCAAUUGCGCAACAAGAUUCACCAGUUGGAACUCAUCAACGAGCAGGCGCGUCUACGUAUCCGAGAAUUAGAGGCGGAGGUCGCGAACCCAGCCCAAGGCACAGCCUACGAACUCCCACAGUCCACGACCGGGUUCCCCACUUCAUUCAACACACCCGCUAGCUCCCCUUCCUUCACAGUCUCAUGGAAAGCCAGGACCGAUGCCAGAACCCGACUUCUCUGCUCAUUGAACCGGGCGGGCAACGCGCUCUGCGCUUGGCACGAUUCACGUAGGGAGCGGCGCGCGUAUCCUCCUCGUAUGGCGCCCCAGGGGUAUCUCAAUUGUGGAUGUACAUAUGAAGAGGCGCUUUUCGAAGAAAGCUUGGCUCGUCAUGACGUAGGAAGCUACCAUCCUGGAGAGAGCGUUCGUAUGGAUCCCGCCCUCCGUAAUCCUCUCCUUAAGGUUUUGCAGCGUAGGUACGGGUAUAAAGAUGGAGAUUUUGAAUGGAACCCUGUGACGGGAAGUUGGGUGGAUGGCGAGGGGCCUGAUCAUUGGGAGGCCAAAGCUGCGUCUGGGUCUUCUGGCCAUCGCAAGCAGCGUCCGGACGAGCGGCGUUGA